AUGGGCCGGUUGCUGAAGAGCAGCGGAAGAGCACAACCAGGCCAGGGCAACGAACUGCACGCCCUGGCGCGAAGCCAGCGCGGACCCUUCCCUCCGGCGAAACCGAUGAGCGCCGUGAGUCAGUGGUUGGGGUUUGUUCCUGCAACAGUGAAGCCCUGGCAAGCGCUCAUCGCUGAUGGAGCCGAUCCCAACGCGGUGGACGAAUAUGGCCGAACGCCACUGCACGAGGCUAGCUCUCGAGGCAAUUGGCAAGCAGUGGACUACCUCCUUCAAGCGGGACUCGUGGCGAAGAUCAACCAGAGGGACCACAAGGGCCAUACAGCGAUCGACCUCGCCAUCGCACUCGGCCACAAGGAGGUUGAGACCCUUCUCUCCGCCUAUAUCGCCCGAGCUGCGGCUCGCCAGAGGCCACGGGGAUGCCCGCUCUUGCAGAUGCCCGUCGAAGUGUUGGUGCUCAUUCUAUCGUGGCUCGAGCCUCGCGACCUGUGCACUGCGGCCCAAGCCUGCACGGUGCUUGCACAACUCAGCCGAGAGGACACCUUGUGGCGGCGAUUCUGUAGCACACACCAGCACAAGCCAGCCGACCAGAGUUGGAGGGACUGCUAUCGUGAGUGGGUCGCCGCCAGCCUUCGCGUCUACGCAGGCGCCAGGGCAAACUUCACCGAACGCGGGCAGAUCAUCAAGUGGGCAUUGAUUGGAGAACACAGGGUAGGCAAGAGGAGGCUCACCGAGCGCUAUGUGCGGGGCAUUUUUAGGGAUUUUGCCCGUGGAUCGAUGGGCGCCGACUUCCUGGCGAAGGAGGUCGAGCGCGGCGGCAAGUGCCUGCACAUCCAACUGUGGGACCGCCCAAUGGCGUGUAGUACCCGACUGCUGUGUCGAGGAGCGGUCGGUCUGGUGUACGUCUAUGACGUGAGGAGACGCGAGACGUUCGACGCUCUCGCCGCACGACACGAAGAGAUCGUCUGGCACUUCCCUGAUGGAGUGCCGCCCAUCAUCAUCGCCGGAGCCAAGGCGGACAAGAGCACUACGGGCGAAUCGUACGAGAGGCAAGUCAGCGAGGAGGAGGCCCAGGCGCUGGCCCGGCAACUGAACGCGGUGGCGUGGAUGGAAACCAGCAGCAAAGACGACUUCCAAGCACUCGGCUGCGGCUGCGUGCGGUUCUUCCUUACUGACCUGCUCACCACCGGCGUGCAGUGA